GAGUUCCUAACAUUCUCAACUAUUCUUCAACCCUAGCAAGGAGAAGAACAUCAUGAGGUGGGAGAAGCAGAGCAGCAUGUCCGAUUUCCUCCUUCUGGGGCUCUCCAUCCAGCUGCAGCAGCAGCGCAUGUUCUUUGCCAUGUUCCUGGGCACGUACCUCACCAUGGUUGGGAACCUGCUCAUCAUCCUCCUCAUCAGGCUAGAAUCUUGCCUCCACACUCCCAUGUACUUCUUCCUCAGCCACUUGGCCCUCAGUGACAUCUCCCUUUCAUCUGUCACUGUCCCAAAGAUGCUGAUGAACAUGAAUUCUGGGGAUCAAUUUAUCUCCUAUGCAGGGUGUAUAGAACAGAUGUAUUUUUUCAUUUUUUUUACAGACCUGGACAAUUUCCUCCUCACCUCAAUGGCAUAUGAUCGGUACGUGGCCAUCUGUCACCCGCUCCACUCUACCACCAUCAUGAGGGAGGGGCUGUGUAUACUACUAGUAGCUGUUUCCUGGAUCUUUUCCUGUGCCAGUGCCCUGUCUCACACCAUCCUCCUGGCCUGUUUGUCCUUCUGUGCUGACAACACCAUCCCCCCCUUCUCCUGUGACCUUGCUGCCCUGCUCAAGCUGUCCUGCUCAGACACCUUCCUCAAUAGAGUGGUCAUUUUCACAGUUGGAGUUGCAGUCAUUACUCUCCCAUUAAUAUGCAUCCUCAUCUCUUAUGGCUGCAUAGGGGCCACAGUCCUGAAGGUUCCAUCUACCAAGGGGAUCUGCAAAGCCUUGUCCACCUGUGGCUCCCACCUGACUGUUGUAGCUCGGUAUUAUGGAACAAUUAUUGGACUGUAUUUGUUCCCCUCAUCCAACAACUCCAAUGACAAGGACAUAAUUGCUUCUGUAAUGUACACAGUGGGCACUCCCUUGCUAAACCCUUUCAUUUAUAGCCUAAGGAACAGGGACAUGAAGGGGGCCUUGCAGAAACUCUUCAACAGGGGGACAGUCUCUUCUUCUUUGUAA